AUGGCGACUCUCAAUCCACUUGUCUGCGUCGUCGACUUCCACCAUGCGCGGGGCCCAGAAGUGGAAACAUGGCUGGGUGCAGAAGAAGGAACCGACCCAGCAACGGACAAUGACUGGUCGUUGCUGCCAUUCAUGGCCUUGAGUGACGGUGCGCAUGCCUCUGCAGAAGACUACUCCUACUUUACCCUCCGCCGCGCGCAAACCUCGACUGAACCCGCGACAUCACUCUUCGGUAUAUCGUGUACGCGACAACUCGAUGCGAGCAAGCUUAUCGAUCGGCCGGCUGAGGUUACCAGGAGCACGGUGCAGAAGGCUGUCGUUGUCAUCAGCGAUAGUCCACAACAUUUUGGGGCUAUCAAGGCGCAAUUAAGUGUUGUCACACAGCUAUGGUUUAACCAGAGAGACUUUACGGAUAUUGAGAUAUUGGAACGCUUCACGGAAAGUCUUCCACAGCUGCUAAAGAACCAGGAGGGACAACAAGAUCAUUAUUUCGGUAUCUCUCUUCGCGAAUUCAUACACGAGUUCAAAUGGCAGACUUUGGUUCUUUUCAAAUGCGCCUUGCUUCAACCAAAGGUUCUCUUCUUCGGCUCCCAUUGCGAACGAUUGUGCAUGAUGCAGUUUGCUCUUAUUUCACUGAUACCCGGCCUGAUACGCCACCUACAAGAUGCUGCAGAUCCCAAGUUCAAUUCUUGUGAGGAGAAGUGUGUCAUGCCCACUUCACUCAAGACGUCUGAGCGUGCUUCCUUACUAGCAUACAUGGGCCUCCCGUUGCAGCUAUUCGGUACAGGCUCUCUAUUCGGACCAUACACCCCACUUCAGCAACUCGACAUACUCGCAGAUCAAGACACGAAAUCCUACAUUGUCGGCUCUACAAACUCGCUGUUACUUCAGCAAAGAGAUCGAUACAGCGAUAUCCUUAUCAACCUCGACGAUCAUACCGUAAACAUUACCUCAGCCGCGCUGCGAAAUGCAUCGAUUCUGUCGACACCAGACCGGAGAUGGAUCGACUUCUUGACACAGACGAUCAACGAUACAUGGGAUGAGAAUGAUCCAGCACGACCGAAGGACCAUGGAUACGCCGGCAGCGAAGAGUUCAUCCGUAUGCAAUUCGAAGAGUACCUUCUCGCUAUGCUCAGCUCGGUGAAGUACAAAAUAUACAUGGAGAAGAACGCACACAAAGAGAAGUUGAUCACAGAAGUUGAAGGUGACCCGGCGAGCGAGUUCUCAAAUGAAUGGGUACAUGCCUGGAUGCAGACUGAGAACUUCCGCAUCUGGAAUAAAUUUACAGAUUCACACCUCUUCGAUAUCGUCGAUCCGAAACACCCUUGCUCUGGUGGCCUAUCGAUGGAAGACGUCCAACGCCGAUUGGCACAUCUGUUUUCCAACCCAACCUUCCAAGUCGUGUCUCUCGGCGUAGCAGAAAUGCAUCUUGACGAGCGACUGGAGAAAUCAAGAGAAGUCUUGGGUAAACAGAUUGCAGUAGGCCAACAAAAGGUCAGCUCUGCGUACAACCGCUUGUGGGCAGAAAUGGAAGCUAUGCGUGAGGCGCAGAGGAAGAGAGCCGAAGAAGCACGACUACAGGCAGAGAAGGAAGGAAGGCCUGUCGACGACGGGAAGAAGUGGAAAGCACCUCAAGCCCCCGAUCUCUCGAACGCGAAGGCAAGCGCGGGUGCGUACUUUUCCAGCUGGGGCACCUGGGCAAGCGAGAAGAGGAAAGGAUGGGGGACAAAGACACCGGUGUCCUCGCCUCCACCGAGUGAUCUCAAGAGAGCGGAAGACUUCAAACGAGAGAAGGAUGCGACAAUUGGUGAUACUCCGGCAAGCCCACCACCUGCAGACGUCAAGAGACGAAGUUUGUUUUUCGACGCAGACGCAGAGAAGACCAAGGACAAUGUUGAAAAGGAUUGA